UAACAGACGCGUCCAGGCGGUCGGUUAUUAUUAAGUAGGCUGGCACUCUUGUUUAUCCUCUUGUGAGGAGGAAGAAAAAAAAAAAUGAAAAGGGAGGGAGCAGUGUAAGUGAUAGAGUGGGAGGGAGGCGUGCAUGUCACAGGCUCGUCGCUGCUGGAGAGCUUGGAGCGGGUGGAGGACGCCGGUUUCACCUCCAGAAACAAAGCUGAACCUGGAUUACGGUUUCUACUAGCUCCUCGGAAUGACCUGGUCCUCCCAUUGUGCCGCAGCGGACGCCGUCGGAGAGGAGCGGCUCAGGUUCAGUGGCAGGAUGGUGUGACAAGUGGACGGAGACCUCCAGAGGGAUUGUUGUUGGUUGCACAACACACUGAGGCAGACCAUGGCUUCCAUGCCCCUCCUGUUCCUGGCUCUCCUCUUCUCCUUCUUCUGUUUUUCAUAUGCUCAGACUGUCAUUGGCUCCUCCUCCUCCUUCUCUCGUAUGGACCUGGCCAGCAAUUCUUCACCUGCUCCAACCAAACACGCUAUUCGAUUCGGGCCCUCUUUACCCCCCACUAGGCGCACUGAUGUUCCCGUCAGAGCUACUAUAUUGGAUAGACUAACAACAAUAAAUGCAGUUGAACACGGGCAAAGAAUUACACCUUUCCAUCCCUUUUUGUUAUCAACCCCUUCUACACAGAGUCUUAAACAGCCAUCGUCAACUCAGCCAACAGCCCUCAGGCCAAGGACUGACAUGGCUAGUUUAGGGGCUAGGAGGGACUUCAGAAGGGGAAAUGCGGCCAGCAAAGGCCCAACGGCUGAGCCUGCAGAUGGUACGCCAGUGAUAUCAGGCAAUCCAGAGGAGGAAUUGGGCAUAGAGACAGAGGACACCGAUUCACAAGGAUGGGGAUCAGGUAGAACUUCUGCUGAAGCAUUUAUGAUGGAUGAAUCACCCGGUCCACUGCCAACUGUUGGUGAUGAAAUUGCACAGUAUCAGCCACAAGCACAGACUAUGAUAUCCAAAGUCGCUGAUGUAAAAGCCCCACCACUAGAGAAUCAGACCUUGAAGCCUCGUAAUUUUGGGCUGACCACAACCAUCACAACCAAUAGGAUCUCUACAGCCCUAUAUCCUGAGAGGCCCACUCUGUCUGCUAUAGUAACACAGCAAACUCCUCAGACUGCAGACUUAACAGGUAAGCUACCAGCAAGCGACUCUUCCGCUGAUAAAGUUCGUCCAAACCAGGACUCCGCUGCUGUGACGUCGCCCACACUCACAUCAGCCAUUCCUGCCUCAACUGAUAUUCGAUCACAGACUGCACCGCCACUUGUCACGGCCCAAAACCAGACCAGUUUGCAUCCAAACAUUUUGACAACACAAGUGACCCACACAUCUACAACAGGUGUUUUAAGUACUACGAAGGAGGCUGUUGGACCAUCUUCCAAAAUAACAGCUGAGAGCACCAAAACGGCACAAAUAGGACAACAUCCAGCAAGUCCUACAGGGCAGUCUUCAAAGACAGGGACAGCCUCCCUCCUAACCACCUUCGGUGUUCCUGUCACCCGAUCAAGAUUUUCCCCCACAUACAAGAGUAAUGUUGGUCAGAGGAACCGCUCCCUCCUCCUGGGACAUCCUCAGCAAGCUCCCCACUCCACUUUUGAUCCAGCCCCUUCUCCCAGCGCGAGUCCUUCCUCUAACGGCACGCUACUGUACUGGGGGGAUUUGAGCCGGACUCUGGCUUUUGCCUGGGAACUGCAUGUCUACGGUUCAGCAAGCCUCUUCCUCCUCCUGUUUGCCGGAGCUGCUCUUGGCCUCACAUUGUCCCCUGGAAUAAACUGUCCUCAUCGAGGCGCUCUUGCACUUGCCAACGCUCUACUGUUUCUGGCUGGAGGCCUAAGGUCGGCUCUGUUUUUUAUUGACCCCUAUGGCACAAGAAAACUCCUCCCUCGUCCUGCAGUUAUAGCCCUCUACAACUUGCCUGUACACCUGCUGGUGUGGGCGCAAGCUAGCAUGGCACUGCUGGCGUUGAGGGUGGCCGGAGUAAGUGUCUUACCUGCUACUCUAGAGCGUCCUCCUCUGGUUGCUGUGUUAACUGUGCUGCAGUCCACCUUGCUGUUGGCUGCUGAUCUUCUUUCUCCAGCCCUGUCUCCUGUGGUUCCUGUAACAUUACAGGUCCUCUCCAUAUGUUGGGGUCUUGCUCUCUGUUUGGGCUUUCUCUUCUAUGUGUUUCCACGUAUACGCUGCCCUACUAUUUCACACCACGGAGUCCCUGAAGACGCCAGGAGGAAGACUUGGACAGGGAGCCAGAGAAUAGGAGUCCUUCUGGGAAGAGUGCUGGCUCUGUGUGCAGUUCUUGGGGCGUUGUGCUGUGGCUUACAUGUCCACGCUACCUUGUGGCUCUAUGGACUGCUGGGAAAUUGGACACGGUUCAACUGGGGAUGGUGGCUAGUGCACUUUUGGGCCAGACUCCUUGAACUGGCCUGGGGCUUCUCACUUCUACUCCUGGCUUCCUGGGUGUUCUGGAGGCCUGCAGGAUGCCGAGGAAGGGAGGAAGCUGGACAGGAUGGCAGAGCAGCAGGAGACCUGCCAUCACCUGGCCAAUCUGUGGGCUCCAGUCAAAGACACACAUGCUGGUCCAAGAUAGUCCAAAGCUUAAGGGGGAAGCCCUGCAGAAAGUCUGACAGUAAUGGUGUGGGAGGCGGGGGAGGCCCAGGUGAAGUGCCUAACAACUGGGCUGGCCAGGAGCGUCCCGGAGCUGAUAUUAGCAAGAGUCUAAUCAGGAAUCAGAACCAUGAGCAGAGCUCUGCCCAAACGCGCUGCGUCAAAGACAGUAACCGGGGUCGCAACCAUAGGGGCCAGUCCGCAGAACGAGGCAUUUCUGGUUCCACCGGCUCACUCCUGAGACUGCAGGCACUGGGUCGACCUCCACAGCGCUCGGUGAGUGGCAGUCUGGAUCAGGACAGGGAUACUUCCCUGUCUUUUUGUGAGUUUGAUCUGCGGCCCCCCUCUCCCAUCGAUUUGACUCGCAGCAUUGAUGAGGCUCUACACAGGGAGCACCUGAUCGUAGGAGGGAGUCUCUUUCAUCCUUUCAACGAAACAUCCCAGUACCCAUCACCAGGCUCAGGGAUCAGCCAGGGGCCCUGGCUUCGUAGGAACAGUGACCCUCAGAUGCUUUCUGAGAGCAGCGAGGCCCCGACAGAAUCAUCUAUGCCACUGGGGGGCAGCAUUCUCAGCAGUGUGCCCAGCAGGCAGGUGACUGCUCCCCCAACACCAUCACACCCGGGUAACAGGUGGGCUGGGAAAGAGGGAACAAGUGUACCCUCUUCAGUGUCCUGCCCGGUCUCACUUCGUCCUUCCAGAACAUCAACGGGGAAUCUGGGGGACGACGGGAAUGAUGACACGACACGACCGUUUAUCACCCCAGACUCUGAAAGCAUACGAGGGAGAGCUGGGAAGCCCGUGGGGUCUCGCAGUUACCUGGAAGUCAGUCGACAAGACGACUCUGCCAGUGUCAGCAGUGAGAUUAUAGACCUUUGAACCAAACCUUGGACAGUAGCACCAGUGACUGCACAACCAACACACCCGUUUAAUAUUGCUCCAGAUCAAAGCUUCAAUCAACACCGGUAGAAUUUUAUCAUAAAAGUACCUAAAAUUAUUUUUGAAAAAAAGAAAUGUACAGGAAAACGAAGAUCUGGGAGAAGAAUUUCAAAGAUAUAAUCUAGUUGCCUUUGACUUUGUUAAAGUAUUCAAAAACUGGGGUUUAAGAGCAGCUUUUGUUAUAAGUUUGCUCUUGAAGCAAAACUAGGAGACAUAGCACAGCACGCUCAGUUCUUUCCAUUUUUCACACAUUAUCUUUCUCUCAUUUUUGUCUCUAUAACACUGGUAAAACUACAAGUACACUGGGACCAGAAAGACAUGAAUUUUACAAAAAAGGUUAGGGUUUAUUUUAUUUUAUUUUUUAAGUUUUCUUUCUUUUUUUUUUAGCAAAUUUGUGCUUAGUAUUUGUGAAAGUGAUACAUUUUCUUCUUCCAUAUUGUACGAAAUGUAUCUUAAACAUGCCUCGAAAGUUAGUGGAAAAUGUUACUCCAGGUGUGUAUUAGGUCCCAUUUUUAUUGUUUCUGUGAAAGAAAUAGUCUCCAUUUUCACGAUUGUGAAUUUAAUUGCUUUCAUGUUUUAUUCUGUUUGUGUUUGUGAUGUAAAGACGUGCCAAACAUAAUCACUGUUGGUUCCUGUGCUACUCCCUCUCCAGCGUCUCAGCGCCUGUAUCAUAUUGACUCAGAAGCAGUUUUGCAAUUCGUCCAAGCUCCUGUCCACCUGCUGCUGUUGUACUUGUCAGGUUUGCCUUUUAUUUUAAACUAGGUAACAUAAAGACGCAGGCGGUAAACGACAGCCAGAGACCCACUGCAGGCAGAUGCAUGCUUAUAUGUAAAUCUGCUGAAGAUAUUAACAGUUGAUGAAAUUGUCAGACAUCAACUUGGAAGUUCACACAGGACAACAUUUCUGUGAUUUAAUAAUCAUGCAUAAUUGAUGCCUCUUGAUUGAUUGUUGUUAUUGUUUUUGCAGAGUCUGAACCAGAAUAUGUAAUGUAAGAGUUGCAUUAAGUCAUUUCAAACUUCUUUUUAUUUUAAUUACAUGCUCCAGAGCUUUGCAGGGCUGCAGCACUCCGAUUGGCUUGGCAUGAACCCUGGAACUCAUGUACUAAACCUAAUAAAAGAGCACUUAGUUGUACCCUAGAAUGAAGUAUUUUACUACUCAAAAGGAAAAUAUCUUUCAAAUAUAUGAUGUAUAUGUAAUGUAAAUAUUAUUUUUUUGAUGUUUAUGAAUAAAGCUGUAUUUGAAACAUAGUCAUAGUUGUUACUGUGAAAGACAAUCUGAAGUGGUAUUGCUUAGUUGUCUGCGCUGUACAGUUUUUGACGCUGGAUUGUGGCCCGUUUAUGGCUAUAAAGAGCCUUGAUACUUGACCACAGACGUUAUGUCGAGGACUUUCUGGGCUCAGGACUGUGAAAAACAUGUGCUGGGAUGCAGGUUUCCCUAAAUGUGUUGUUGUGCUUUAUAUUUUUCCUACAAGGAAAAUAAAAAAACAACAACAACAAAAAAAAAACAACGUACAAAUAACUUCUAUGGAACCAUAUUAUUUUGCUUCAAUUAAUUCACUUGAAACUGUCCUGGAGCUCAGGGGGCCUCUUCACCGUUAUGCCAUUUUAAAGGCUCAACAUUACUCUACUACAUAAGUACAAAUAUUUUCUUUUUUUUAAGGUGGAUAAAACUUCUGUGAAUAUUUUUUUAAAUGCCUCUGUUCAUGUUUGGAGCCAGUACAUUACUACUUUUCUUUUUUCAAUUUUUUUUAUUUGGUUACCUCUGGGUGUUCUACAGUACCUCCCAGUAAUGUGAGAUGCUUGACCUGAUUAGUAUUCCCAUCGCCUACAAUGACUUCUUGUUGCUUCUUGUUGCUGUUUACAUUCCUAUGAACUUGUAUGGUUUUAUCGCUCUUGCCGGUCUUAGCUUUACUACACGGCUGCUGUGGUUCCUCCAGCACAACUUCUCCUGUCUGGCAGAGCGGCGUGCGCCAGGGAGAGUCGUGCCACCUGCAGUCUGUAAUGACUUUGUAGGAGAACAAUGUUGGUUUCAUAUGUUUACUUUGCCCAUUGAUCUUGUGUAUUUUAUUUUUUUCCCUGCAUUCCAUAUCGUGAAAUAAAAACUAAAACUUAGUCACCUUA